AUGAACACCCAAUUAAAAGGAUUUCGGGGUCACAAUCAUACUCUUCAUGAGUUCAUAUUGGCUGAUCUACCUCUUAUGAACCCAUAUGAUCGGAUUUCGUUAUUCCACUUUGUUGUGAAGGAUAUGAAGAAAUGUGAACCCAUCUUUGAGCAUUUUAAGAGGAUGAUUAAAUGUUAUAUCUUGGAGCUUGCCAUGAUAGAUGUACAAAUUUCUUCAGUUCUUAAAAGAAAACCCAUAUUGAAGACUUUUGACCAACCCCAAAACAUUGAAAAUCUAAGGGGAGGAUUGAUUGACAAACAAUAUUGGAGCACUGUUUAG